AUGAAAUCAGCCAAAUCGGUGUGGGCUGCAUCGUCCACGCUUGCGCCCUUUCUAUACCCGUCCGUGUGCACAGCCGCAAGCAAGCUGCCUCUCCUGGCGUGCCGCCGAAGUCUGCAUCACCAGCUCCGAGCAGCAUCCAGCACAGCUUCGACAGUCAACGAUUUACCCGAAUCCCGUCUCAAUCCUGCGCCCGAUGACUAUUCUGCUCCUAGCUUCAAUGACAAGGCCGAAUUGACUCUAUAUGCUGGCCGUGGAGGCAAUGGCUGUGUCUCGUUUCUUAGAGAAGCGUUUCUGCCUGAUGGCCCUCCCAACGGUGGCGACGGAGGCGUAGGCGGAAAUAUUUAUAUACAAGCAGCUCCAGGAGAAACUUCGCUGCACAAAGUAGCCAGACAGCGGUUCAUCCGGGCUGGACGGGGACGUCAUGGCCAGGGAAGUUCCAAGAGCGGUACUAGAGGCGAAGAUAUCAUCAUCACAGUUCCGGUCGGUACGAUUGUCCGAGAAAUUGAGCGCCACGAUCCCGUUGCCGAAGAAGAAGUCAGCAUGAGAGCUUGGCGUCUUGUCCAGAAGGAACGAAAGAAAGAAGAGCGCGAGCGGCUCGAAUUGGAAGAACAAGCUCGCAAAAAUGGCGUUGAGGAGGUGGAAGAAGAAGCAGACCUAGGACGCAAUCUGCAACCAAGAGGCCCGAAACCACAGGAAGACGAAGAAAAUCCCGACGAGGCCGAUCCACAGCGCCAGAAAUGGCUCCUCUAUCCAGGCAUGACAAAGAGCGAGAUGCGGUCUGCCGAGUUCCCCAAGCUGCCCAAACGAACGCGAUUCCUCAAGCAGCCGCCUGCACCCGUAUACCUCGAUCUCUCUGAAAUAACACCCAACCCCAUCCUCCUAGCUACUGGCGGCAUUGGCGGCCUCGGAAACACACACUUUACAUCGAGAGAACACCCACGCCCCGUGUUUGCCACCAAGGGCGAGGAUGCCGUGACCAUGAAGAUUGAGCUGGAGCUGAAGCUACUAGCUGAUGUUGGUCUUGUCGGUCUGCCAAACGCCGGCAAAAGCACGCUUCUGCGCGCCAUGACAAACAGCCGCACGCGAGUCGGUAACUGGGCCUUCACUACGCUGCAGCCCAACAUUGGCACCGUCGUGCUUGACAAAUACUCUGGCCGGCCCGUUACCACCGCGCCGAAACGCGCCGCCUCAGCGUCCGGCGAAGUCUUUGACCCGCGCACUCGUUUCACUAUUGCCGAUAUCCCGGGUCUCAUUGAGGGCGCUCACCUGGACAAGGGUCUCGGUAUUGCCUUCCUGCGCCACGUCGAACGAGCUGGCGUGCUUGCGUUUGUGCUUGAUUUGUCUGCUCGCAACGCCGUCGAUGCCCUCAAGGCGCUCUGGCGCGAAGUUGGGCUCUAUGCGGAGAUGAGAGACGAGGAGGAGCGCCUUCGCGGCGUCGAGUCCAACAUUGACUGGGAUCUCGCAGAGGAUGCUGCUUCACCGGGUCCCAUCAAUCUCAUGCAUCUGUCAGGCACGCAGGCUAAGGAGGACGAGCUCUCUCCCAAGGAUUACAUCUCGCGCAAGCCGUGGUUUGUCGUGGCUACCAAGGCUGAUCUUCCGGAUACACAGGCAAACUUUAAAGAGCUCAAGGCCUACCUUGACCGCGUGACAAACGGCGAGGAAGCUCAUCCGAGCGGCGUAGAGGGAGCUUGGGCCAAGAAAUGCGCAGCUAUUCCAGUUAGUGCCAUCAAUGGCCAGGGUGUUCGUCGUAUCGUUCACUGGACCGUUGGCCUCUUUGACGAGAUUGCUUAG